GGCAGUGUGCGGUUCCUGUUGUGAGAGGUUCCGCCGCCGGUGAGUUAUGACAACCUGUGCACACCACCACGGCGAGGAGUUACACAGAAUGAAAAUUAAAAACUACUAAUAUAUCUUUUAAAAAAAUAAUAAUAAUAAUAAUAAAAACCCAAGACACGGAACCGAACCAUGAAACUCGCCACUGUGGCCUUUUACGGGUUUGCUCUGGGGCUUCUGGCGGUCGGCCUGCGAGAGUUGCUGACUGGCUUCGAGGAGAACCGAUGCAGUAUGACCUAUAUGUUUGAAUACCCGGAGUAUCGGCGCGUGGCUCUGCCUCGCCGUGUGGCCAGACUGUACCCAGCGUACGGGCUCUACCUCUACGGAGAGGGUCUGUACGCCCAGGAGACCCGAGCCCUCAAACUAACCGGUGCCCCUGUGCUCUUCCUGCCUGGAAAUGCAGGCAGCUACAAACAAGCUCGCUCGCUGGGCUCCGUGGCCUUGAGGAAGGCUGAAAACAUGGAGGGAGGUCUCCACUUCAACGUGUUCACCGUGGACUUCAACGAGGAGCUUGUGGCCCUCUACGGCGGCAGUUUGCUGAGGCAGACUCACUUCCUGCAUGAGAGCAUUAAGGCCAUCCUGAGACUCUACAAGCACCUGAAGACCCCCCCUCAGAGCGUGGUGCUCGUUGGGCACUCCAUGGGAGGAGUGGUGGCCCGGGCGUUGUACACUUUGCCCCGCUUCAACACCAAUCUGGUCAGCCUCAUCAUCACCCAGGCCUCCCCUCACCUGGCCCCAGUGCUGGCCCUGGACCCAUACCUGCUGGAUUUCUACUCUGCAGUGAGACAGAAGUGGGUGAACCAGGCGAACAAGCUCAGGAAUGUCACCGUUCUGUCUGUCGGGGGUGGUUACCGUGACUACCAGGUCCGCUCCGGCCUGACGUCCCUACCUUGUCCUCCAGGAGACUCCAAUAAGUUGUCACUGGUGGCUACUGCGGUUCCCAGGACAUGGGUGUCCACCGACCAUCUGUCCAUCGUUUGGUGCAAAGAGCUCGUUCUGGCUACUGUGAGGGCAUUCUUCGACCUCAUCAAUCCUGAAACCAGACAGUUCACAGACAACCCAGAGAAGAAAAUAUCUGUACUAAACCAUCACUUCAUCAGACACCCUGUCAGGAUGUUGGGAGACACUCAAGACACCUCCAUCUCCAUCUUAGAUUUUCCUGAAGCAUGGAGUGAAGUUAACACACUGCGUCUGGUGUACAACACACCAAAGGAAGGACAGGUCAAAUACUUCCAGUUCGCCCUGUCGAGUCGCAGGAAAGCUUACAGCCAUUUCUACUGCCGGAGCAACAACCUGGAGAUGACUAGCUGGGUGUACGGCUGCGUGCACAAGAACGGUUCUUCAUGUGUGCAUGCAGUGGAUCUCUCCAUGGGAACUGAGCUUCUGCCACCAUACAAGGUCCUGAUUCUGAGUCUCAGUGACUUGUCUUCAGUUACUCAUGUGGUUGUUUCGGCCUCCAACCUCAACGGCAAACAGUUCACAGUGGAGUGUGAGUGGCAGAGACAAGAAUCUCAGACUCUGUCUGUCCCGGUGCCGCAUGUCCUGUCCUUAGGUUUGAGUGUCAGCGAUGUUACGGUCAACUCCUCUGGACUUCUCCACACCAUCAAGCUGCAGCACUUUCACCAGGUGUAUCAGGCUUUCAGAAUUAAUGUUGCAAGCCAGUGUAAAGUACAUAAAGAUAGACUUCCCAAUGUGUACAGAAUAAAUGUGCCGUGGUUUCGAGAGGACUCUUUAACCACAGCCAGUGUGCCAUCAGUCACUGAGAUCUCAGGGAUGCUCCACACAAGGCGUCCAGACAACACCUCAGGUGUCCUUCUUCAGCUCCACACUGCCCCCAACUGCCAAUAUAAGGUGUCAGUAAGGACUUCAUUACCCAGGGUGCUGGGACAGAUACUGAGGUUCUGCGGUCCCAUGGUUCCCGUGUACACAGCUGUAACCCUCCUCCUGGCCUGUGGGGGGCAGCUGUCCACCAUCCUGAAGUCGGGGCGAGCUGCAGACAUGAGCCAGGUGGUGGGCAAAGGCCUGCAGCCUCACAAAGUCAACCUUCCUGUUUAUGUUCUGCACAUCUUGCUUAGUUGUAGCUCGUUCCAAGAGGUCUGGUCCGUUCUCCGCCUCCCCCUUAUGGAUGCCCUCCCCUCAUCCAUGCCUGAUUCGACAUUUCGUGAGGGCGUGACACCAGUUGAAGAAUGGCCCCUCCUCCUGUCCCCUCUGUUUUACAUCUUCGGGGCAGCUGUUGCAUACUGGGGCAGCACACUCCUCCGUCUCAUUAUGCGGCUGGUCUCGCUAAUAUUAGCUCCACUACACAGACCAUCUGUCUCUAGAGACUGCGGCACCCUGCGACCGCGGACGCAGCUCCUCAUUAUUCUGUGUCUGACUGUUCUGGGCGGGACGUCCUGUGGGGCGCUGUCAAUCUUCACCGCCUUCCUGCUCCACCUUUACAGAGUACUGAGGCUACAGAUGACAGAAAGAUCUUUGAGUCACAUGUUGAAUCUGGCACCCCGGAAGCACAAAGAGGCUGAGAAUGGCACAGCUGACCCCGAAUCCUUCACCAAGUCUAAAGAAUGUAAUGGCGCCCCCUUGCUGUCUGAGUGUGCUCUGCAGGAGGUGAGGGAUGACUUGCAGCUCCACCUCUGCCUAUCGGCGCUCUUCACACUACCAGUGAUGCUCAUCGCACCCUCACUCAUCCACUGGAUCCGCAACCUGAGGUAUUCCACCCAGUUGGAUCCUGACCCCUGUUGGCCACACAUUGUGCCUGUAAUUAUUGUGUACAUGCUGCUCAUCAACUGCAACACUUUAAAACUCAGCAACAGUAAACUCCUGCCUCUGACAUCCUUCCUCCCGCUCCCCUUGGCCGUCGCCAUGGUGACCUUCUCUCCACUCCACCUCUACAGAGUCACCUACUUCCUGUUGGCGGCACUCAUCCCCCUGGCCUCGUGUUGUCUGCUCUGACGGUAUCUGUCUGGUUUCAGCCCACAUCUCUACCAUAACAAGCCUUUCUCUAAAUUACAGCUUUACUCGCUGAAGCUGGUCGAGACCGAUCGGUCCCGGGAAGACUUUCUCUCUCCAGCUGCCAUGGAGCAGAGCCAUAGACAUACAUAGCUUGGGGAACUGUCUGCUCAAUGUUGGCGCCAAAAGCUCCACGGCAAUUACACUAUGCUUUAAAAUGAGAGGAUGUAAUGGCCUUGGAACAUUUGGUGCGAAUAUGGCUCCGAAGGAUUGACCCCCGAAACCAAGUUUGCCUUACUCUGUAUAUCUAUAGCUCUGCCUUCAAGGAGCAAGAACUCCACAACCAGUGAAGCUACUGAUACUAGAGAUUCACAACAGGGUGUUACUGUUAAAAUGUGUUAUUUUAUGUUGUUGUUUCUAGUGUCGACAGUGGCAUUGUUCACUGUGGUCACUACGCUGUAAACUCCUACACUGCCUACUGCUUAGCGAUGACUUAUACUACUGUGUGUUGUCUUUUACCUGUUAACUGUCAGCCACAAAACCAGUGGCAGCUUCAUACAUUCAUUCCACAAGAAAAACACAAAGUAAUCAUGGUUACUUCCUCACUUUUUUUUGAUACAGAACCGGUUCUAACCUGUCUCGCAUUAUUCAGAAGAAGAAGAUUAUGAUGUGAUCCAUGUUCUUUAACAUACAGUGAUGUAGCCAAACAGUUUUACAGGUGUGGCCAGGUUGCGAGCAGUGUUCAUGUUGGGGUAAAUCUGUGUCUUGUUUAGUCUUCUUUCCUGCGUCAGCCGUGUGACAAACACUCUUGCAUUCACCCACUUUGGCAAAAGUGACUGUUAAAUGAGCAGCAGGCCGGGGGCUUACCCACAAUAAGCGCCUAAUAGUCGAGUGGCCAGAAGUGAAAGUUUUUAAAUAAUUUCCUACUUGAAUUAAAUGAGCCAAGAACUCGAAGAGAAAAGCAACAAGCAAUUUCAGAAUGGUACUUGUGUAAAAGCCUUGUGUCUCCACUUAAACUCAUCGAAACUAGUCCAAGUUAGCGCUCCGUGUUUACCUUUUCUCACCAUAAAUUCAGGAUGAUGUGCAUUUUCACAGCCCUGUUCCAUCAGUACGAUUACACGACUUUCUCUUUUUAACAUAAAUACUUUUCACACUCAUCAGUUUUCCUUCUUUGUUGUUCUGUGUGAAACUACUGUCGGAGAAACUCAAAGCUUCCUGCACAGAUGUUUCACAUUAAAAGCCUUCCCAGUGUGUCCUUUUUUUCUAGAAAGCUAUUAAUGUGAAAUACCAGUGCAGGAAGUGUUUAGUUUCACUGUCUGAAGCUUAACUUCUGCAAAGUAGAAGCAAAUUUAUUAGAGAAUUAAAACUGUAUUUCUGAUUUAAACUUAGCAGUAUAUCUGGAACGUUUAGUCAAUUCAUGGAUUAUUUUAUCGAAAGAAAACUAAUUGCCAACUGUUUUGAUAAUCGAUUAAUCGUCAUUUUUGACUGAAAAGUUGGUGUUUUGGACUGUUUGUUUGGCAAAAGAAGAAAUUUUAAUACCUCACUUUGGGAAAUUUUGAUCCUAAUCCGAACAUUUUUCACAAUGUUUUUACAUUUUGUAAACUAAAGGAUUUAUAGAUUGAUGGUGAAAAUAAUCAGCAGAUUAACUGAUGAUGUGAAUAAUUAUUAAUUGAAGCCCUUAUUAUUACUGAUGGAUUUAAUGCUGUUGAAAUGCACAUUAUGCUGAACUUACCAUGCGAGCACAGCGAACUGUCCCCUGUGGUGCUCUAGCUGUGUGGCGACGGUUCAGCAGCCACAUUUUAAAAAAGCAGCGCUGUAAGAGGGUCCUUAUGAUCUGAUCAAACCCUCCCAGCAUCAGCAGCACUCCUGUAAAUCUGUGAUUUUCCCCGCCAGCUGUUGACUUGCCAAAUAAAAAAUGAGCAGCUUCUGAAGAGGGCCGAGCUCACGGAAACAUUUUAAGCCACUGCUCAUUCAGUCAACAGCCAGGAAAAAGUAGUGACCUUUCACACACCAACAUGCAGCGGGCAUCAGCUGCAGCUUUCUGCCUCUAAUCUAAUUAUCUUUCUGAUUUGGUGUGUCCUCACAGACACUCUGGAGUCUGGAGGUGUGAGAGUUUAAUUAAGCUUCAGAGACUCUGUCAGUCUUCUGUCAGGGAGGUUUUUCUUUAUGCUGCUUCGUGACUUAAAGGGUCUGUUAGCUGUUUGCAGUGUUCAGGUUUGAUGGUUGGAAGAUCUUUUGAUUUAUUAUUAUUUAUAGGCCUUACGGUGUCUAUUAUUCCAGCAUCAUGAGCAUACAUGCGUACAUUACAUGUACAUUUACCUUUGACUUUGUUGUUUUAUUGUGUACAGCACUGAGUUACAGUGGAUGUCAUUAAGCUGAUUAACAGAAAAAGACAAUUUUAUAUCAAAGUAAAAACAAAUAUCUAUAAUUAAUUCUAAAUAUAAAACUUAAUAUUUGCCUGACCUCCCAUCAAGUCAAAAUCAAAUCAAAUCAAAAAGUUGGAUUUGUUUUUACAUUAACGUGAUCAGGGUUUUUUCUGUUGAUCAGUAUGAUAAAAUCUGAAUGACCUCCACUGUGAAUCAGUGUUUUAAAUCAAUGGCACAUAAAAAAAAGUUGAAAGUGAGGCGAGUACAUCACUGGCACCGCCGUAGUGUUUGAUCCACUAACCUCGUUGUCAAAAUCCCUCUCCAGUCUGUCUUAAUGUGCCAGAUUGGCAGCAACGCACGCAUGUUGACUGGUUAAAUACGAUUACACCAAAAGUUAAUGAGGUGGUUGUGAGAUAAAUAUGCUAAACAGGCAAAUUAGCACCUGGGGAUUGGACAAAUCAUAAAUAUUCAUUUAUUUUUUUUAUGUUAUGGAGACAGUCAGAAGCUAAAGCUACAGACGAAGCCAGUCUCGUAGGUUCAUGAGGACUAAAAUCACUUGUGGUCGCUGGUAUUUGGAUUCAGAAGUUGUAUCAAAACGUUCUUGGUGAAGCUUCGGGCUAUCAAAGUUUAUUAAAAAGCAAAUUAUUUACUUCUUCUAAGCCACGCAUUUGUGUUCAGUGGAGGAUUAUGGGACGUCUGUGCAGCUGAUGCAUACAGUAUGAUUGGACAUUCAAACAACAACUUCAAGCUCUUAGCAGGAAACGUAUAAUCCCUAUAUUGUAACUUUCUUUGUGCUGCUGCAGUAUCGAGUUAACAAGAGAAUCAUCUUGUAUUUAAUGCUUUCUGUUUGUUAGAGCACAGUUAGUUACCCUAGCGGCAGAUGUACAGGGGAAAGGAGCCCACCACCUUUUUGUCUUACUUUGUUUUGUUUUGAUUUUAAAUGCUUUUUUUUACGUCCUUUUACAAACUAAAACUCUUGUGACCAUUUGAAUGUUUUUUUUCUCUUAAUAUGAAAGAACACUUGGAUCUCUUGUGGUUCCAGUUUUUAACCUUUUUUAGGAGCAAUUUAAGAGACCAAGCUGGAGUUCUGUGUUUUUCUUACUGUCAACGAAAGCCAACAAUGUGUUAUUUCGUCUCGCUACUUUCUGACUUCCCGACCCCGCCGGUGGCACUCGGACACAUUAGUUCCUGCUGAAGAUGUACAUCUUUAGAAACUGCUCGCAAAUAUUUGGUCCAGUAAUUUCCUUAAACAGCUGGAAGCUGGAGUUUUUUAACAAAUGUAACUCAAACAGGAAGAAAUAGAGCUUUAGCUGGGGACUAAUUUCAUGUGGAUUAAUACACAUUUUGGUGCUCUAGUGAGUAUUUAGAGUAGCAACAGUGUGUCUCAUUGAUGUGUUUUUAGUAGUUUCUGCACACCGAUGGGCGUGUUUCCAUCAACCUAUCAACAGUUUGAAGUACUUUAUUAGAAAAGUUUGAUAGAAAUGACACACACACACACACACACACACACACACACACACACACACACACACACACACACACACACACACACACACACACUAUACUUGUUUUUGGUCUGUUGACAGAAAGAGAAAUAUAGAACAUGUACAGACUUUAUCCUUUUAAUGACAUAUGUUAUAAGAAGAGGAUGUAAUAUUUGAUAUGAUGAAGGUUUUAGAUGUAAAUGGAAGGAACCAGAUGGUCAUUAUGAUUGUUGUGAUGGAAACCGUUUGCUGUGUGGUGGUGUGUUUGAGCGUGCGGUGUUUGAGCGUGCGGUGUUGUUACGCCAUGUGGGCCUAACAUUUUGUUACUUUUUGACUUCAGUUUUUGUUGCCAAUGACUUUUUCUUUAAGCUGUUUUUGUGUGUGUUUUAAAAUUGUGUCUUGAUGCUUUAUCUUCCGUCCUCCUGCUGUUGCUCACACCCCCUCAUGUCAGUGAAAGCAGCUGCUGUGCCUUUCUGAGCAGUUCAUCUGUUUCCUAGCAGUUUAAAACCAUUCAGUCCUCAGCAGCAGUGUCUUGACAAAAGGCCUACAGUGAAUGUAAGUGUACGUCACUGGUUCCGUGUGACUGCGUUUACUCACUAAAAUAUUCCUUCAACACGGUAGUUUGACUUUAGAUUCGAGUGACUUUAUAAUAACUAGAAACUAAAGAUCAUUAGGGACCAAUCACUCUCGCCCCUCCAAAGCAAGCAUACAAUCAUACGCCGACAUACUCGACGAAGACGCCGCUGUUGUUCCCAAUGUGAAUGUACCUGCACUGAAUGUCUCUGUGUGUUUGACUUUAUACAGUCAGUGGUGGUGUAAGUGAUCAGCUUUUCCGUGCACUUGUCUGUCUGGUGCCGUUUUUAGCGCUUUGAGAUGCACGUCGUCUGCCUCGUCGUGAAUUGGUGGCAUACACUUCUUUGUGGAACACAUUAGGAGGAGGUGAGAAGUUUUUCUAUAAAUAUAAAUGUGAUUUAUAUCGGUGUUCACUGUGAUUAUGUCGUAGUUCCAGAUUAACACGUGAGGGUUUUCUUUCCAAACUGGGAAAUCCACACUUUAGUGGGGGUUGAAAUGAUGUUUUGGACCAUUUAAAAUGAGGUUUCAUAUGAUGUUUUGUGUGUUUUGUCUAGAAUUGAAUAACUCCCAUUGUGCAUCUUAAAUACUGCCAUUUUAAAAACCGGUGAAACAGACUGUGGUCCUGUUGCUCUCUUGUGGUGCAGCGGUGAAAAAUGUCUCCAUCUAUCAUCUACAGUAUUCAUUUAUCUUAUAUUUGGCCACAUAGGAGCUUUACAAGUGAAUAUUCCUCCACUUUAACACUCUCUAUAUUAAAAUGUGUGAAAAGAUUUAGUUGAACAAAGGUGAAUAAUGUGAGGAAAUCGACUAACUCGUAACUGAAUAGCACCGUUAUUAAGAAGAGCGGCCACUGAAUCUAAUUUCAGUCUACUUAAACUGACAGCUAAGUGAUAUAUUUCAGCACCCUACAAUUUCAGAAGCAAAAGGUUUUAGACUAUCUGUGAUCGGUCUGCCGCGGCGGCUUCGCUUUGUGUCGAACCCGACUUGGACAGUGAAGUGUUAAGUGACAGCUUUGCAGCAUCCUGAAUGUCAUCGAGGGGAUUCUCUUACAGUCGCUGAUACCUCAGAGCUGGGAUCUUGUUAUUCAAUCAUCAUGUCAGUAAAAUGGACAUUCACUCACACAAAAACACACAGAAACAUCCAACCAGUCAGCGGUCGGUGUAGUGGUGGCUCUUUAUUUAUGCCCCCAGAUGUUUUUUAGGAAGGAUAAACACAGUGAGUUAUAAGCCACUGAUAAAUAACACUACUCUUGCAUGUUUAGCUCACCCUGAAAUGGCCCAGUAGUGUUUGCACAUUAUCAGUUAACUUCUGCUGCUUGACUUCAGGGAGAAAUGAUCACUAUGAAAUUAACAUUAGCCACAGAAUAGGUGCAGAUUUUGCAAUAAGUACUGGCCCACAGACUACAGGGUGAGACAGCUAUUCAACAAUUCUGCAUUUUGAGUCAAGUAUUUAUUUUUCCUUACUAUAUCCACUCAUGUAAAUCAAACUGUCUCCACCAUCAAACAUUCAACACACUGCUGAAUGCAUCAGAGGGGAUUUAGAAGCGGGUAUACCUGCGUACGCCCUGCACUACACCACUGCUACCAAUAAAUAAACCCACAAUUCAUCACAAAGAGAUUUAUUUUAUCAGCUUACUUAUCUUGUGUGCCGAUCUGUGUAACAAUCAAAUCAAAGCACACUAAGAAAACUCAGUCGUCCACUCCACUCGCUCCGAUUGAUCACUGCAAACGUGGCGAACACUGUGCAGCUGCCAGAAACCUUCAGCAGCCGUGAAAACAAAGAACGGGCUCUUAGUUCAACCUACUGAAAAAGAAUUCAGUCAAACCAAAUCACAGUUGCAAUGUUUUGUGCAGCGUGAUGAGCUUCUGCUCCUUAUUUAGGAAGUUUGUUCCAGGUUAGAUGUUUCUUGCAUUGAGGUAAAUUGUAGUACAAUACCACAGUUUGACACAUCCUUCGCAGAAAUGACUCAUUAUGACAACCGACUUAAACCUCUAUGAAACUAUAAAAUUCAGUACUGAAGCUGUUGUUCAUCGUUAUCACAACCUGAGCGUCACUAAUGUCUCACAUUUGUUUUCAUUUCCUUCCCAAAUAAUGAAAAAGGUUAAUAAAGAAUGAUCUUUUUCCAGUGUGUAUCUGGCAAUAUGGAAGUAAAACUCAUUAAAUGUUAAAACUGUCUAUAAGUGCUUUAAAGUCUGGUAACCUUUUUAUCAGUUUCUUUUAUUCUGCUUCUGCCUAGAGUGACUUUAAAACCUGUAACCUCCUGCUAGCUGGUCCUUGUUGUGCAGAACUAGUUAGUCCUCUGACCUUUGCUAAGAUACUGUACCGGAAAGAAAGGAAGAAAAUAAUACCUUGUCUGAGGCAUACUUUCCUUUUUAUUUAUAUUUUCUGGUGAGGCUCUAGUGUGGAUGAGUAUUUUCUCCUCAGGUUUAAGUGUUAUUGUGUCAAAAUGGAUUGCUUUGAUGUUUUUAUAUUUCUCACAUUUUUAUCUGAUGUCAUUGUAAAUGGGCAAAAUGUGCAAUUUUUGGCACCAUUGUUGUUGCAAUAAAACCAAGAAAAAUAA